AUGACAGACAGCGCAGAAUCAGAGACGCGGAAGACCAGGGCCGAGGGGAAGUCGGAAACAGUCUCGAGCGCAUUUGGGGAUGAUGAGGUGCAAGGGCAAAAGACCAGCGGGUUCAAGAUUGGGUUUGCGGAGGAUAAGAAUAAGAAGCACAGGCGGACCAUGGAGGUAUGGGAUGUCACCGGCAUGGACAUGACGGCAAUGGAUCAUGGAGCGGGAUGGUUUGCGAUUUACGACGGGCACGCUGGAAGAUCAGCAGCGGACUAUUGCGGCGCUCAUCUCCAUGAGAACUUCGAAACGCUGUAUCAAAAGGCUGAACCGUCAUCGAUACCGAGUCUCCUCAACGAGACGUUUAUGAUGACGGACACACAGAUUGCUGAGAGAAAGGCGUCCUAUUCUGGUUGCACGGCAGUGGUUGGGUACAUACAAACCGAGGAGCGACCACCAGCGAGCAGUGAUGGAGAAGCCAACUGCGGGAAGCGGAGAGUACUAUAUACCGCCAAUGUUGGAGAUGCACGAGCCGUACUUUCACGGGGCGGAAAAGCAAUAAGAUUAUCAUACGACCACAAAGGUUCCGAUCCGGCGGAAGCCAAACGAAUAGUGGAGACGGGAGGAUUUGUCAUGAACAACCGGGUAAACGGCGUCCUGGCUGUCACCCGUUCACUAGGCGACACAUCGAUGAAAGAGUGGGUGAUCGGCAGCCCGUACACGACAGAGACGGUCCUUGGUCUCGAAGACUCGUUCCUGAUCUUCGCAUGUGAUGGGGUAUGGGAUGUAUGCUCCGACCAAGCGGCCGUCGACCUGAUACGAGAUACGAGUGAUCCACAACAAGCAGCAGAAGAUCUUCUGGAUCACGCACUCGAGAAUUUCUCGACGGAUAAUCUGAGCGUGAUGGUCGUGCGGCUUGAGCAGCCUUAUGUUCCGUAG